UGGCCAAGCUAAUUGGUUCAUAGGUUUCCUUAAAGCCAGUGUUCUCGCCAGUAAAAGCCAACAUUCAUAUAAAUAGGCUGUGAACAUCUCAGCUCUAUAUUCAGUGCUGAAUUCGGGAAAGUUCAAAUCCUUUCUUCUGAAGAAAAUGUCCAGCCAAGUUGAACACCCAGCUGGUGGAUACAAGAAACUCUUUGAGACCGUGGAGGAAUUGGCCACACCAAUAACUACACAUGUCACAGGCAGGAUUCCAGUCUGGCUUAGAGGCAGUCUGCUCCGAUGUGGGCCUGGUCUAUUUGAAGUUGGUUCAGAGCCAUUUUAUCAUUUGUUUGAUGGACAAGCCCUUCUUCACAAGUUUGAAAUUAAAGAGGGGCAUGUCACUUAUUACAGGAGGUUUAUCCGCACUGAUUGCUAUGUAAGAGCAAUUACUGAGAAAAGGAUAGUCAUAACAGAAUUUGGAACAUAUGCUUAUCCCGAUCCAUGCAAGAAUAUAUUUUCCAGAUUUUUUACCUACUUCCAAGGCGUGGAAGUCACUGAUAAUGCUCUGGUUAAUGUAUAUCCAGUGGGAGAAGAUUUUUAUGCCUGCACUGAGACAAACUUCUUAACAAAAAUCAAUCCGGAUAAUUUGGAAACACUCAAAAAGGUGGACAUCAGCAAAAUUGUUUCAGUCAAUGGAGUAACAGCACACCCCCACAUUGAAAAUGAUGGAACAGUUUAUAAUAUUGGCAACUGCUUUGGAAAGAAUUUUUCUAUUGCCUACAAUAUUGUACGAAUUCCUCCCCUGCAAGCAGACAGGAAAGAUCCAAUGACCAAGUGUGAGGUGGUGGUUCAGUUUCCUUGCAGUGACAGAUUUAAGCCAUCUUAUGUACACAGUUUUGGACUGACUCCAAACUACUUGGUGUUUGUGGAAACUCCAGUAAAAAUUAACUUGCUCAAGUUCCUUUCUUCCUGGAGUCUUUGGGGAGCCAAUUACAUGGACUGUUUUGAAUCCAAUGAAAGCAUGGGGGUCUGGAUGCAUGUAGCUGACAAGAAAAAGGGGAAAUACCUCAACAUCAAAUACAGGACUUCACCCUUCAACCUCUUCCAUCAUAUUAAUACCUAUGAAGAGAAUGGAUUUCUGAUUGUAGAUCUCUGCACUUGGAAGGGGUAUGAGUUCAUUUAUAACUACUUAUAUUUAGCCAAUUUACGAGAUAACUGGGAGGAAGUGAAGAAACAUGCACAAAAAGCUCCUCAACCUGAAGUUCGGCGAUAUGUCCUUCCUCUAAAUAUAGAAAAGGCUGAUACAGGCAAAAACCUAAUCACACUGCCCAAUACCACAGCUACUGCCACUCUGAACAGUGACGAAACCAUUUGGCUAGAGCCAGAAGUCAUUUUUUCAGGGCCCCGUCAAGCUUUUGAGUUCCCACAAAUAAACUAUACAAAGUAUUCUGGGAAACCAUACACAUUUGCAUACGGCUUAGGAUUGAAUCACUUUGUUCCAGACAGGCUUUGCAAGAUAAAUAUUAAAACUAGAGAAACUUGGGUAUGGCAAGAACCAGAUGCAUACCCCUCGGAACCAAUUUUUGUUUCUCACCCCGAUGCCCUAGAAGAGGAUGAUGGUGUUGUUCUGAGCAUUAUCGUUAGCCCUGGCAAUGGACCAAAACCUGCCUAUCUUUUGAUCUUGAGCGCAAAGGACAUGAGUGAAGUCGCCCGGGCAGAAGUGGACAUAAAUAUCCCAGUUACUUUCCAUGGCUUUUUCAAAAAAGCAUGAUGGCUUUUCAUUAGGCCUAUGAUGAGAGUCUCCCUUUCUGGAUAAAAAAAGCCCACCCCUGAAUCCUAAACUCUGCCUAAGGUUUCUAAAAUUAGUUCACAUUUCAAUAUACAUUUACAGAAUGCAGGCAUACUUUUGUAAACCAUGUUAAUGUAGUCUAAAUAAAUGUAUAUGCAAAUUGACAGUAUUUUAUUACUAAUCUGAAAGAUGGAAAAUCGUAUAAAACAGAGCAUCAAUAUUACACUGUCAAAAUACUUUCACUGAUUAUUCUAUGACCUAGGGGUUUGAUUCAUUAGUAAGAUACAGACAUGAUCCUUCAGGUUUUAAAACCAAGGGACUGGGGAAGGGAGACACAUUCUUUUCAGCAGAUAACAUUCUCAUAUAAACGGAGGAUUAGGAAGUUGCAAUUUACCAUUUAUCAAAAUAAUCAGCUCAGAUACAAAUUGAGAAUUCUAAUUCUGCUAAGCAUGAUGAAUUCAUACACUUUAAGACAAUAGGGCUAAUACAUAAAAUCAUUACAUUACAGUACGUUUGAAAAACCUUCCCUCAAUUCUGAGGGGAAAAUAUCCAUUUAUUCUUAUUGGCAAUAAGGAUUAACUCAAGAAUCUUUCUUGCAUAAAAGGCAAUCUUCAUCUUCAAGAUAGAUGCAAAAUUCUGUCAGAAUUACAAAAAUCAAUGAAAACUGUUUGUCGUAUCCUUGAAAACAGCUCUCCAUUUCCUGCCUUAUCCACAGCUUCAAUCACCUAAGCUACCCAUAUUUCCUCUAUCAGUUGUCACAGUUGGAAAUACUGUUUUACUUCAGUUAGUCAAGAGUAAUCUCUUCAUGAUGAAUUCAGCACCCUUUUCUGGGUCUUUCAGAGGUCUAACAAUUUUUGUUUUGGCUGAUUAGUCUACUUGCUCAUAUUUUUACACUGUCCUUCUGUAUUUAUUUUUAUUCCCCAACCCAAAAUAUUAAUGUAAACUGCCUUCAAUCUUGGGAAAGCAUCUAACAAAUAAUUGAGUAAGAAUUUCAUGAUCACGUUUCAUAUACGAUUGAGAUAUCUUGCCAAUGAAGUACAAAGCACAAUGAAGAACUGACACAUCUCUUGAAACCAGCUACUUUUAAAUACUUCAAUAUCAUAAUGAUAUUGUGUUGCAUUAAAAUACAACUUCUGAGCAUUUGGUAUCAAUGUAGUCAAAUGUUCACAUUCUAUUAGUUAAAUGUAGGCAUUCCUGCUCACAUUCUUAAGACAGACAUAGGUAGCCACUGCGGGGACAUGACUUGGUGUUUCUGCUGUUUUAUAAUUCUUAAACACUGUGCAAUAACCUGCCAAAAUACAAAAAUACAUCGGUAAGAAUAUUAUAGAUAAGUACUUUGAGCACAGUGCUGUCAUUAAACUAUUUAAAACAAUUGUCAUUGCUCAAAUCAAUACAAAACUAUGUUUUAAGUUAGCCUGUGAAGACAACGUGAGAUGGGAAAUCUUCACAAGCAUCUUCACUCCCAAAGUUCUUUAGUAUAAAUGAUAAAUUGCCUUUGAAAAGAAAUAUGAAAAAGCCUUACAUAAGCUUCUUGUUCCUCCAACUAAGAAGUAAAACCUUAUCUCUUUGCUACUUCUCCAUUACCAUCUUGAAGCUACAAGUUAUUGUACUCCCAACUAAGAAUUAAAAUUGUUUGCCUUUGCUA